UCGUCUAUUUGCAAUACAGCACAGGUUAAAUGAUCUCUCGCCAUGUCUGAUCGGUGGGGAAUGACUUAUGAUGAAAAUAAUGAUGAUGAAGACGACGACGACGACGAGGAGGAAGAGGAAAGGGGAGGAGGAGUACGACGACGAGGAGGUGGAGAAGACGUCCUCGCCAUACAGCAGAGGAUAUUAGCCGAGGUGCAGGCGGAGAGGCGGGCGAGGGGACCCGUUCGGCCGAGGAGCCUCGCCGGGUUCCCCUCGCCUUCUGCGGUAGGGCAACUAGGCCACAGCCCAGGGUCCUUCGCGGCCUACAAAGGGGAGAGCUUUACAUCGGAAGGCGCUUCCAACGAAAACCUGCAAAGAUUUGCUGGCUUUGGCAUUGGUUUGACGAGUCUCUUUAUUGAAAACGUGUUGGCUCAUCCAUGCAUCGUGAUCCGGAGACAAUGCCAGAUAAAUUACCAUGCCAAGAAAUACCACCUAACACCCUUCUCUGUCAUCAGGAUAAUGUAUUCCUUCACAAGAUCACAGGGCAUCCGAGCUUUAUGGAAAGGCAUGGGCAGUACCUUCAUAGUGCAAGGCAUCAGUCUCGGUGUUGAAGGAAUAGUUGGAGAGCUCACACAACUACCCAGGGAGGUUUCACAGAAUUGGACCUUCAAGCAGCUAGGAGGCCACAUGCUCCUGAAGGGGAUCGUGUGCCUGAUAACCAUGCCAUUCUAUUCAGCAAGUCUCAUUGACACAGUACAGAGCGACAUAAUUCGCGACAACCCCGGCAUCCUGGAGUGCGUGCGCGAGGGCGUCUGCCGCGUGCUGGGGUUCGGCAUCCCGCAGAGCAAGCGCCUGCUGCCCCUACGCCUCCUGGCGGGCCCCACGCUGCUGCACGCUCUGCUGCACUACGCCAUCGCCGCGCUGGUGCAGCGGGUGGCGGGGCUGGCUAUCGAGGCCACCUGGCGGAGGAGGAGGAGGGGUGCGGAGGCGCCAGAGCCGGGGGUCGCGGUGGAGGAGAACGCGCUGGAGGCGUGCCUCCCCAAGCUGGUGGCGCGCUUUUUCGGGGGGCUCGUCGCGGACGUCGUGCUGUUCCCGCUCGAGACGACCGUGCACCGGCUGCACGUGCAGGGCACUCGCACGAUCAUCGACAACACGGACGCCAACUCCCCCGAGCUGCUGCUGCUGCCGAUCAACACGCGUCACGAGGGCCUGGCCGACUGCGUGCGCUCGGUGCGCCGCGACGAGGGCACCUCGGGGCUGUGGAAGGGCGUGGGGGCGCUGCUGCUGCAGUACAGCGUGCACGGUGCCCUGCUCUACGCAGCCGGCGUCGUCAGUUCCCGCAUCGCGGCUGCCGGCGGAGUGAGUGGCGCCGCUUCGGCUGUCAUCGGCGCGAGGACAUGACCACUUUCGAAUGAUAGAGCAGCGUGUGGUGAAUAGUGCGCGCGCGCGUGUGUGUGUGCAUGUGUCUUUGUGUAGCAGUUAGCGCGCGGCGCUACGAUCCCGCCGACCCGGGUUCGAUUCCCGCUCACGGUCAACACCGGUGACAAUUAUUUGAACCGGUCUUGGGCCUCCCAUAGGUCGACUCAAUCUCAAUUUUCACCACUAGGGAGACAAAGGUGGCCGGGCAUGGUGUUGGCCAUCCCCACCCUCUCAUGUGCCGUGCCGGUCUUCAUAGUUGCUCGCUAACAGCACUUGCCCCAACAGUCUGUAUUGCACAUGCCUGCGUGUUUACGCAAGUACACGGAGUAGUGGACAUCACCACGGGAAGACAAAGGUAGUCGGGCACGGUGCUGUCCACACCCCACCCCCAAACUGUGUCCUGCCCUCUCAGACAAGUGCCCACCGACUCUUGUCUCCGUAGCCUACGGUGAGGCCACCCAGUCAUUUCCGCGUGACUUUUGUACGCAAACACCUGUGGUCUGCUUUCAAGAGGUAAAAGGGUAAAGGCGGAACCCUGCAAAUGCUCACUCCACUGCCGGCAGAAGGGCCUCUGCUACGGCUCCCUUUAGAGGGCGUUUGAUCUCCUCUUACACUCUGACCGAACGUGUUACAAUCGGUACCACACUUUACCCCACCGCAUGUCACAUUGCCGAUCGACUAACUGUGGUGCAGCCGUUUGGGCCGCUGGGUGGACAUAGGCGGGGUAGGGGUUAUUUUAAUCAAUUGGCACCAUCAUUUUUAUCUUUGCCGCCAGAAGACUGAAUCGGAUCCAUCUGGAUGGCAAGGCCAGUGUACCAACCGUGAGACCACAACAGCUCUCUGUCUGCGGUGGCGAGAUGUUAACUCCCUCGCCUGGUAUGCAGGAGGUCGUGGAUUUAGAUCCCGACCCUGACGCCUGUAUAAUUAGAGUUUGCAUUAUCUCCUCGUGGUGACGUCGAUUUUUAUCCAGGUCCUCCGGGUUUUCCCCUCCACAUUUAGAAACAUGCGUUGUAUGCUACACAUUUCCACGUGGUAAGCCACUUCGUUGGCCUAUCAUUUGUGGCCAGGUCGCAUCGGAAAAAGAGCUAUUUAUAGCUCAGUGGGCCUGACCUGGUAAAAUAACACUAAAAUUAUUUUAAGGCGCACGUUAAAGACCCUGUGAGUUCAUUCACAAGAUUAUGCCGUGGUGUGCCCGUGUUGUAGCCUGAAUCCUCAGUUAACCUACUGCUGUGGAUGAGGCAUCUCCCUACGCCUGCCAGGUCGCAGGGACUAUUUGACUAUACUUCAUCACGGCGGUCAGUGUGGAUCCGGUGAAGAUGGGCAGCACAGAACGUGCGAGCAUAUAACUGCAGAGCAACAAUGGAUUUGCACUGCACUGCCCUCUGCUGCCUACCUUGUAUGCUUAUGUAAUGUAUAUUGUGCUUCCAAGUGCGCAAGGCAGAGGUGUGGACUCGAGUCAUGUGACUUGGACUCGAGUCAGACUCGAGUCAUGAAUUUGAUGACUUCAGACUCGACUUGGACUUGCAUAACAAUGACUUUGUCCCACCUCUGAGGUGUGGACUCGAGUCAUGUGACUUGGACUCGAGUCAGACUCGAGUCAUGAAUUUGAUGACUUCAGACUCGACUUGGACUUGCAUAACAAUGACUUUGUCCCACCUCUGAGGUGUGGACUCGAGUCAUGUGACUUGGACUCGAGUCAGACUCGAGUCAUGAAUUUGAUGACUUCAGACUCGACUUGGACUAGCAUAACAAUGACUUUGUCUUACCUCUGGCGCAAGGUAUUCUGUGGUAUGCCCUUGCCCACCCCCCACCCCCCUAGUCCUUCCCGUGAUGAGCAGCACACACAGCUUCUCCACAACUUCCUGGCAUCUGCAGGCUGAGCCACUUGAGCCAAUGUUCCAAGAUAUUCCAAUCGUUGUUGAUGGCAUCUUUCCAGUUCUCUCUCGGUUCUUUCUCUCUUCCUUGCCCCUUUUUUUCCAAAUGUCAGUUGUGCAAUUGGGUUCUCAGCCUCGCGGUGGAGAUGUUCCAACCAUCGUGAUCAUGUGAUAAUAUGCACACUGCAAAUGUACCUAUACCUGGCUUGCAAUUGGAAGGGUCUGAGCUCAAAUCCGGGUUGACCCUCGAAUCCUCAUCAUCAUCAACCCUCUCGCGUUGAUAAAAUGAGUACCGCUGUUGUGGAAGUCGGCAGCAGUCACCUUGUGCUGCUGUGGGAUAGUGGAAUAUCCACCGCUGGCUUAAGGCCGCCAUCGGAGAGGAGCAUUACCACCCCUUGUUUUAAGAAAGACUAUUAAUUGACAGCACUUUUUCAUGUUUUCUGUACGCGUGCAUACGAAUGUAGACAUACAAUUUGUCACGUGGUUAAAAUCAACAAUGAAUUGUUACUUAUGCAUAAAGUGCUCGCUCAUGAAUUAACCUACAAUGGAUUUAAUAGCACAAAGCUAUGUGAAUGCUGUACACAUGUGAACUUUGUGCUCAUGAUGUUUGUAUAAGUUUAUUUAGCAACCACAUCUAGUCGACUGGACAUUUAAAAGCCAAUGCUACGUAUUUGUUUUUGUUCCUAUGUGUUUAAAAUGCCUAACCCUUAUAAUUGUAUUGAUUAUACCGUGAAAUCAUUGGCCUCCUACUACGUAGACUUUGCAGGGUCCUCCUGGCAAAAGAGUCGCGAGACUCGGUGAGGCUUUCCUAGGCAAACAAGUGUAACGACAACAAUGCUCUGAAUACAUUAAACAUGUGCGUAUCAAA